AUGUCCACAAUGACCUUCCCACUCCCGUUUCAGAAAUUCCUCUGGAAGCUCCUCGACCUGGUCAAAUCCUUGGUCAAUAUGGGGAGUAUUUCUCAUUCUGAUAUCUAUUUGUUAAGCCGAGAUGCAGUGGAGACAAAACGCCUCAAUACUCAACAUCGCUUUCUUGUUGCCAUCUCCGGAAAUAAUAUCAUACAUCCCUCAAUCCCUAAUAAUAUUAAUUCUAUCGCCGAUUUGGGCACUGGCACUGGUGUCUGGCUCGAAGAUGUCUCCAAAGUCCUACCUAAUAAAUCAGCCGAUCUGCAUGGUUUCGACAUCUCCUCGGCUCAAUACCCACCAGACCAUCAAAUCCGCCGGCCAGGCCAGAAAUCAAUCCCACUAAGCGUCCACGACGUCCUCCGCCCAUUCCCCAAAGAACACCACUCCCGCUAUGACCUCGUGCACAUCCGCCUCCUAACAGCAGGACUGAAAAAAAGAAGACUACGCGACUGGCCAAACGGCUACGUCCAAUGGGAAGAAGUCGACCACACAGCUUUCUGCACAGACGCAGUCCCAGAAGCAGCAGUCGUCACACAGUUACGCCAAUCAGUAAUAAACGCCAUGCUGACAUUGGGCCUGUGGCCAUUUGCCCCGAAACGCGUGCACGAAGAGAUCUCCGCGGGCGGGUUCUGUGAUAUCGUGCAUGAGACGUAUACUACGACGGGGAAGGAGCAUUUGCGGGGUGUUGCGCAGAAGUGGGUGGAUGGCGUUAUGAGGGCUCUUGUACCGCCUUCCAUGGUUGUUACUGGGGAGGCGAAGAGUGAAGCGGGGGCGAGGGAGAUGGUUGAGGGGUUGGUGGCGGAAUUUAACGAACACUGUGAUCAUGCAAGAGCUAUGGUAAAUUUUGGGGUUGUGGUUGGCAGGAAGGCUGAUUGA